AUGCGGUUCUAUGCAGAUCCGCGCUACAGAAGGGAUUAUGAGCUGCUCGCCACUCUCAGUCUGCUAGUGGUGCUGGCCUCCUCUGCAGUCCGCACCCUGAGAGGCGAUGAUGAGGCGGGAACGCCAGAGAAUGUCGACAGCUCUACAGGCAUCCUCUGGGAGACUAGUCGCGAGCCGCUGACGAACGCCGUGUAUCCUUCGCGAGAAGCUCGAGACGUUCCGCACCUCGCCUACCCGACCGUCGCCCCCGAUGGGGGACAGGAGGCGCCACUUGUGAUCGCCGAUGGUCUCAUGCCGGAGCCCGACCCCGCCAGAUGGCGACAACGGCUGAACGACGACGCCUAUCACGUUGUACAGCUGGUGAAGGAGGAGGAUACCGGGGAGGUGACGGUGACUGUGGACACAGUGACCGCUGUUCUCACGCCCAAGGUCAAAUACGUGGCCGUAGACACGCAGAACCGACUACCGGUCACCGUUUACAUGGGAGGCUUUCCGUCGGCAGUCGCCGGUGUUCUGGGAUCGGACCACGUCCAGUACAUCGGCUGCAUGUCGGACAUACAGUUCCAAGGCGACGCUCUAAAGCCGACGUCAUCGGACAUGCUGCAGGACGGAUGCGUCAACCAAUGCGACGUCGCCAACAGGUGUGUGAAGGGAACGUGUAUAAACCUCUAUACGAACACUACAUGCGACUGCUUCGGAACUGAUUUUGAGGGCGCCCUCUGUGACAAUCCGACGGCGACAGAAAUGACGUUGCAAGGUUACGGCGAAUACUUCAGCUACCGCCUGUACUCGGACGCAGACAAGGUUCAUACGAUGUCCAACCGCAUCAGUGUCACGUUCAAGACGAAGGAAACGAUGAACAUGCUACUGUUCCACGGAGCCGGGAAGGAACCUGUAAAGAACCACAUCACGGGCGUUCUCACGGACGGCCGGUUUUGCAUUCACCUGAACUUCGGCGACCACGCGAUGAACCACACGUUUAGCAAGAUUGUCAGCGACGACGUGUGCGUGAACAUCUCACCUCGUUCUCUCAAUCUGUCUUGUCGGCUCUCGUGUUUUCCCGCGCGGUAUAUUAUAUCGUGUUUUGCCGUAAAUGCUUUCGCGUUUUACCGCGAAUACUCUCGCAUUAUCUCGAUAAUUUUAUUGUGUGCUCCCAUGAAUGCUCUGGUGUUCUCUCGCAAAUUCUCCGAUACAUUCAUGCACUAG